AUGAACAACAAUAUUCCAACCAGUGAGCAAAAGACCUCGGCUACGCCUAUGGUCCAAAACCUCGUCGACACGAUCAACGUCAAGAUUUGGGAUCGCAGCUAUCGUGUCCCCGCGUUUCACCUCUUGGAGAGCCCUCAUAUCCGCGAUGGGCUGCAGAUAGGACGAGGGGACAGCGGAGAGAGGACCAUUGAUCUCAGCAAUCACGCCAGCAAAGAGGAGUUUGAGGCCCUCAUUGACAUUCUCCACCCAUCGACAAGUGCAUUCGAUCAGUUGCCUCACGGCCGGAUGUGGUUACGCGUCCUUGACAUCGCGACACGUCUCACGUUGAAGCCAGCUCGUACGGCAGCAAUCCAUGCCAUCCUCUCCGGUGCAGCUGGUCACUUGACUCCUAUUGAAAAGCUGCUCCUUGGCCACCAGCAUGCCGUCCCCACCCUCUUUUUCCAAGGCUGUGCUGAAACCAUCUUUCGCGCGGAUAUUCCGACUCCCCUGGAAAUACAGCAGCUUUACGUGGACGGGAUCGGCGCGAGGAUCAUGGUUUUCAGGGAGAAGAGAGUGCGGCUGGCCAUGGUGGGCGCGAAGAACAAGACUCCGGUGACUGUCUGGAGUCUUUACUACUGCAUUGAAAGUGUGAAGGAGGCGUUCGCAGACGUUCUAAAGAAGUUAGAGGACAGGUCGAGGCCCUUUGGUGAUGUUGGACAAGGACCCUAUGGUAUGAAGUCUUCCACCGAAUGA